GAAGUUCUACCUGUUCGUGAUUUCCUUCUUUUCGUGGGGAAGAAGAAACGAGAUCAACAAAGGGGACAAAGCAAAAAAUAGGAAGGAUUCGUCUCAAUCUCAAGCGAAGAAAAGUUAUCGAUGGCAUCGAUCUCGCACCACGGAGUGCUUUCGCUUCUCCUGCUUCUCUGCUUGGUCGCUUGCGCCGUCUCCAUCGACGUCGAAUACUGCAAAAAGAAUGCUAAUUAUACUGUCAAGGUUAGUGGAGUUGACAUUUCUCCAUAUCCCAUUAGAAGGGGCGAGCAAACUACAUUCAAUAUCUCAGCAUCUACUGGGGAUGAGAUAUCAGCGGGGAAGUUGAUAAUUGAUGUCAAUUAUUUCUUUUUCCAUGUUGACCAUGAAGAGAUAGAUCUUUGCAAGGAGACAUCAUGCCCGGUUACCACCGGUGAUUUUGUGCUAUCUCAUCAGCAGAUUCUACCAUCAAUAACUCCUCCGGGAUCAUACACACUAACAAUGAACAUAAAGGGUGAUGAUGGGAAGCAGCUUACGUGCAUUACCUUCGGCUUCAGCAUUGGAUUCAUGGCGGAUGCUGGUAAUUUAAUCAGUGAAAAAUGAGCCAUGAGUGGCUUGUUCUUUAUCAUGUAAUUCUCAGCAUCGUGCUUCACACUAUAAAGAACUUCAAGCUUGUUGAAAUUUUAAUGUAUAGCAAGACUUUGAUGUU